AUGGAAGAACUUACGGCGUUUGUCUCCAAGUCUUUUGACCAGAAAAGCAAAGAGAGCAGCAGCAGCGGCGGCGGCGGCGGCGGAGGAGGAGGCGGAGGCGGCGGCGGUGGUGGCGGCGGCGGCGGUCACAAGAAGGAGACCAUCUCGUCGUACCGGGAAGUUUUGGAGAGUGGGCUGGCGCGCUCCCGGGAUCUGGGCAACUCGGACGGGGGCAGCCUGCAAGACCUGGCCGAGAGCGGCGCCCACUGCCCGGUGCACCUCUUCAAGGACCACGCCGAGAGCGACAAGGACAAGCUCAAGGACUUCCACCACGCCAGCAGGACGUCGGAAGGCAUCUACGAGUGCAAAGACAAGCGGGAGGAGGUGAAAUCCGAAGACGAGGACGGGCAAACCAAGCUGAAGCAGAGGAGAAGCAGGACCAAUUUCACACUGGAGCAGUUGAACGAGCUGGAGAGGCUGUUCGACGAGACGCACUAUCCGGAUGCCUUCAUGAGGGAGGAGCUGAGCCAAAGGCUGGGGCUGUCUGAGGCCAGGGUCCAGGUUUGGUUCCAGAACCGAAGAGCCAAAUGCCGAAAACAAGAGAACCAGAUGCAUAAAGGUGUGAUCUUGGGGACGGCCAGCCACUUAGACGCCUGCCGAGUGGCUCCUUACGUGAACAUGGGUGCCCUGAGGAUGCCUUUCCAGCAGGUAGUCCAGGCUCAGCUGCAGCUGGAAGGCGUCACUCAUGCUCACCCUCACCUCCACCCUCACCUGGCUGCUCACGCCCCUUACCUGAUGUUCCCUCCACCCCCUUUUGGACUCCCUAUCGCCUCCUUGGCAGAUUCUGCCUCUGCAGCUGCAGUAGUGGCUGCAGCGGCAAAGAGCAACAGCAAGAAUUCCAGUAUCGCUGACUUGAGGCUCAAGGCCCGGAAACACGCCGAGGCCCUGGGGCUUUGA